AUGCCUCCAUCGCUGCAGCUCAGACACAUAUCGAGCCGUUUCUCGGUCGACUGGGAUUUCCCGGGCCUGACAACGAAAGACGCGGUGCACACGGCGAACCUGAACCGCGAUGCGCGGUGCUCGCUGUUCGUCCAGCCGCCCUCGCAGCCCGCGCGGUCGCUGGCGCGGGUCACCCUGGUGGGCUCCGUCGCCCCCGUCGAGCACGACCGCUACGAGGAGCUCGCGGAGAUGCACCUCGCCGUGCACGGGCCUGGAAUCGGGGUAGAUAUGAUGCAGCCAGAUGACUUGUUCUACCGCCUCGAGGUCGACGAGGUGUUCUACGUAGGGGGCAUGGGCUCGGACGGCUCCGCGCAGGUGCUGCCGGGGGCGGACUUUGCCGCAGCGGUGCCUGACGGGCUGUACUCGUCCGCGGAGGAGCUGGUCGCGACGUGGAACGAGCGCCGCGCCGACGAGGUGGCGCGCAUCGCCGCGGCCGCCGCCAAGGUGCCGCUGUCGAAGCUGGACUGGGCGGAGCUGAUGUGGGUGGACACGAACGGGAUCUUCCUGCACCUUUCGAAGGGCGACGGCGUGGAGACGGUCCGCGUCGAUUUUGACCGGCCCGCCAUCGACGACCGGGACGCGCGGUCGAAGCUGACGAUGCUCGCGCAGCUCGCGUGGGAGGCGGAGAACAUGGACUACCGCUCGAUGCUGCCCGAGCUCCUCGACAACUCCGCCAACACGAACUAA